AUGUCACGCAAACAAAAAUGGAGAUCAAACCCUGACAAUGAACAAUUGGAUGAUUCACCUAUAUCGCUUACUAUUGAAACACUAACAGGUACAGCAUUUGAAAUUACUGUGUGUCCAACUGACUAUAUAAGUUCAUUGAAGUCGCGAAUACAACGUGUUGAAGGUAUACCAGUGAACCAGCAACACUUGCUCCUUGGAGAAAAAAUAUUAUCUGACCAUACAACUAUAGCUAAUAAUAAUCUUCAUGAUGGAUCAACAUUGCGAUUGGUAUUGUCCUUACAAGGGGGACCCAUUGGCACCAGCCGUAGAAUGCUACCCUUGGAUAAUGAAACCAUUCGACAAUUGGUUAAUCUAAAUAAAAAAGAAAUAUUGGAGGAUGCACCUCCAGGUAGUAAGCUUGCAGUCUUAAUAUUUCGUGAAGGUGAAGUUAUUAACUUACUUCGUGUUAUUGAAAAUAGUGAUGGCUCUUUAACAAAUUUAAAGGAAUCCUCUAAAAAAAUAUCUACAGUAGAAUUACCAAAAAAGAAAAAAUCUAAGCCAUCUGUUGAAAAUAAUACGACAUAUCUUAAGAUGAUGCUGUUGAAACAUAAUUUAGAAACACUAUCGAUUUCAUCAAAAUCUAAAUUAAAAAGAACAAAACCUGAGCAUCGUAAAUCAGCUUCAGCACCAGAAAAAUCACAAAUGAAGACUGAAAAAGAUAGUAGCAAGCUACAUACAUGGAGAUUACCUAUUGUUCAAUCUACUCCGGUAUUGGGGAAGUAUGUUCGUAGUGCUGAAUUCUCAAGAAUACCAGUUUUGCCAACCAUCACAAGUACAUGCUCGGAUAAGAAUGCAAAAUCCACUACAAGACAACUUUGCCAUAUCAUGAAUGAACCUAGACAUAGUGGUAGUACUUCAAGCAUUGACAGUAUCUCAGAAUCUGGUACUGAUAUUGAUGUGUCCAGUACAGAUUGGUCUAGGCGUCCUAGUAGUUCAUCAUUGGUGUUAUCCCAUAACAUCCACAUAAAUGUUUCUAGACAAGCAUCACCGACUGAACAAAUGACUGCCAUGUCUCUAUCCAACAAUACGGGAUUGGGAGCUAUACAUAGGAUACUGAAUAGAUCAGACAUGCCUAUUCAACUUGAUGAUGAUGAUGAACCUAUGGAAUCAGAAAGUAAUAGAGUGGAAAAAAAAUCUCCAACUAUCGUACCUGAAGAUCUGAAUCAGACUAUACCCGAUCAAGUGGUUGAGAAAAAGAAAAAACGAUGCGCUCAAUGUAAUAAGAAACUAACUAUUAGCGCUCAGUAUACAUGUCGAUGUGGGCUUACUUUUUGUCCAGUACAUAGGUACUCAGAAUCGCACAAUUGCUCCUACGAUUAUCAAAAAAAUGGUCGCAACUCUAUUGAAAAAAACAACCCUUUAGUUGUUAGGCCGAAGUUACCAAAAAUUUAA